AUGCCUACCGCUGUGGCCCAUUCCCAUAGGCCGACCACCAAGGUCUCUCACAAGCCCUUCAAAUCCAAGGCCGCUUCCAAGCACGAGCUGCGAGACCGCGCCAAGGGUCGAGUACCCGACGAAAAAGGAUCGCGCAAGACACCCCACCAGCAAGUCAUGUCCAAGUUUGACCGACGAAACCAGGCCAAGCAGGCCCGUCUCAUCAAGCACAAGGAGCACCUAAAGGGCUCUUCCGUCUUCAACAACCGUGAGGGCGCCCCCAGAAUUGUUGCUGUCCUGCCGUUGUGCCCCGACGGCGAUGCCGCCGCCGCUAUUCAACAGCUCAACGGCAGCUUAGACAUUACCGCCAGUGUCCAGCCUGGCAACUUUCGAGUCUCCGUCGACCGCUUCAAGCAAAAGCUCCAAUACAUGCCCCUUCAGCGUGACCUUACUGAGUGUCUCGAUGCGACCCGUGUUGCCGACUUUGUUGUCGUCAUUUUGUCUGCCUCCAUUGAGGUCGACCAACUUGGCGAGCUCAUUCUGCGAUCUGUCGAGAGUCAGGGUUUGUCCACUCUGAUUACCGUCGUUCAGGGUCUCGAAAAGAUUGAGCCUGCCAAGCAGCGUCCCGGCGUCGUCAGCUCGCUCAAGUCCUUCAUCACACAUUUCCACCCCGAGCAGGAAAAAAUCUUCAAUCUCGAAAACAGACAAGAGUGCGCAAAUUUGAUGCGUUCGCUGUGCAGCACAACGCCCAAGGGUGUAAGGUGGAGGGACGAACGCAGUUGGCUGCUCGCUGAGGAUAUCCAAUUUGCCAACACAGAGACGGAUACCACCGUCAUUACGGGAGUCGUCCGUGGCCGCGGCCUGAAGGCCGAUAGACUGGUGCAGGUUGGUGAUUGGGGUACAUUCCAAAUCGAAAAGAUUGUGGCUGCGCCGCUUGCCAAACAUGGCAAGGGCAACGCUACGCAAUCUGCAGAGGACGAGGCUAGCCAGGUUCUCGACGAGCCCAGCGACGAUUGUGAUGACCUGAAUGAGCUGGCUCCCGAAGACGUCCUCAUGGACACCGAAGAGGCUGAGGAGGAUCCCGCUACUGCUCCCAAGAAGGGUGUUCUUCUUGACGACCACCACUACUUCUCCGAGGGAGAGGAGGAGAAGGCGGAGCAAGCAAAGAGGAAGGUCCCCAAGGGAACAUCCAAGUACCAGUCCGCUUGGUACCUCGAGGAUGUGUCCGACUCAGAGUCGGACAUGGAAGAUAUGGAGAUGGAAGACACCCACGCCGAAGAAUAUCAAGCUGCUCCCGAAGACGGCAUAGAGGGCUAUGCCCAGCCCGAGCCCACAGAAGGCGGUCCUUCCGAAUACCCCCAGUCAGAGAUGAUGGAGGAGCUGGACGAGGCGGCCGAUGCUGAGCAACUGGCCCAGUACCGCUCCAAGAAGCACGACGAAGCCGAGGACGACAAGGAGUUCCCGGACGAGAUCGAGCUACAUCCACAGGUUCUCGCCCGCGAGCGCCUGGCGCGGUACCGCGGCCUCAAGAGCCUGCGCACCAGCGCCUGGCAAGAGGACGAGGACCGCGCCCACGAGCCCGAGGACUGGCGCCGCCUGCUGCGGAUCCCCGACUACGCCGCGUCCAAGGGGCGCGCCGUUCGCGAGGCCCUCGUCGGCGGCGUCGAGCCCGGCACGCGCGUGCACGUCUUUCUCAAGGGCCUGUCGCCGAGCCUCGCGCAGUCGCACAAGCCCACGGCGGCCGUCGCGCUCUUCUCGCUGUUCCGCCACGAGAACAAGAAGACGGCCGUCAACUACCUGUUCAACCUGAGCACCGACUACGGCAAGUCAGUCAAGUCCAAGGAGGAACUCAUCGUGCAGUGCGGACCCCGCCGCAUGGUCAUCAACCCGCUCUUCUCGCAAGCGGGCACCACGCCCAACAACGUGCACAAGUACGCGCGCUACCUGCACCCUGGCGGCAGCGCCAUUGCCACCUUUAUGGGACCCGUCACCUGGGGCGCCGUGCCCGUGCUCUUCUUCAAGCGCACCACCACCGAGCCCGGCACGGACCCGCUCGAGGGCGACGGCCCCGGCCUCGCACUCAUCGGCACCGGCACCGCGCUGCCGCCGUCCACCAACCGCGUCGUCGCCAAGCGCAUCCUCCUGACCGGCCACCCGUACCACAUCAACAAGAAGAUUGUCACCAUCCGCUACAUGUUCUUCAACCGCGAGGACGUUGAGUGGUUCAAGGCCAUGCCGCUGUGGACGCGGCGCGGUCGCAGCGGCUUCAUCAAGGAGCCGCUCGGUACGCACGGCUACUUCAAGGCCACGUUUGACGGACGCAUCAACCCGCAAGACUCAAUCGGCGUCAGCCUGUACAAGAGAGUCUGGCCGCGCAACGCUACGCCAGUCCGGGGAUCCCUACUGGAGGCUGGUGCUGCUGUUAGUGCUGUCGAGGCCGAUGGCGAUUUGACCAUGGCGUAA